AUGGGGUUCUCCUUUGUUGCAGUGAAGAUGCCAAAAUGUUUUGGCCUCCAAUUUCUUCUAGAGUUCGUAACUUUCAUCAAGUUGUUGUUUCUAUUGACUCUCAGCAAUCUACUUAUGUCCAGGACACUUCGACAACCUUAUAAUACUGAUCAAGAUCAACAUCCCACAGAGGAUUAUGUUCUUGUAAUGGGUGAACUAAGUCCAUCACCGAUUCCAGUCCCAGUUUCCGUCCUAACAAGGCUGAUCAAGAAGAAGCUUCCAGUGAUGACAUUCAGCAGCUUGCUUGAAAGGUUAGUGAAGAAUGAAGAUGAUCAAGAGAGCAUGUGUCCUGUCUGCUUGGAUUGUAUUCAGGAAAGAGAUGAAGUCAGAGAACUAUGCAACUGUUCUCAUGUGUUUCAUAUGAAGUGCCUGGAUAGUUGGGUGGAUCAAGGCCAGGUUACCUGCCCAACUUGCAGGUCCAUGCUGUUUCCAAAGAAAAUGGAAGCUGCUGAAAUGUUUAUAGUUGCUCAUGAUGAUUCGGCCAUGGUCGAGCAAGUUGGCUAA